UACCACCUGGAUGAAGAAGAGACUCCCUACCUGGUGAAGAUCCCGGUCCCCGCUGAGCGCAUCACCCUCGGCGAUUUCAAGAGCGUCUUGCAGCGGCCCGCGGGCGCUAAGUACUUUUUCAAGUCUAUGGAUCAGGAUUUCGGGGUGGUGAAGGAAGAAAUCUCGGAUGACAACGCCCGCCUUCCCUGCUUCAACGGAAGGGUGGUGUCCUGGCUAGUGUCAUCAGAUAACCCCCAGCCUGAGAUGGCCCCCCCGGCCCAUGAGCCUCGGACAGACCUGGCGCCUCCACCCCCACCGCUACCCCCUUUGCCACCGGAGAGGACCAGUGGCAUUGGGGACUCCAGGCCGCCAUCCUUCCACCCUAAUGUAUCCAGCAGCCGGGAGAAUCUGGAGCCCGAGACAGAAACCGAGUCAGUAGUGUCUCUGAGGCGGGAGCGGCCUCGCAGGCGAGACAGCAGUGAGCACGGCGCCGGGGGCCACCGGCCCAGCGGCCCCUCGAGGCUGGAGCGCCACCUGGCUGGGUACGAGAGCUCCUCCACCCUCAUGACCAGUGAGCUGGAGAGCACCAGCCUGGGGGACUCGGACGAGGACGACACCAUGAGCAGGUUCAGCAGCUCCACGGAGCAGAGCAGCGCCUCCCGCCUCCUCAAGCGCCAUCGGCGGCGGAGGAAACAGCGGCCACCCCGCCUGGAGAGGACUUCAUCCUUCAGCAGUGUCACUGACUCCACCAUGUCUCUCAACAUCAUCACGGUCACACUGAACAUGGAGAAGUACAACUUCCUGGGCAUCUCCAUCGUGGGCCAAAGCAAUGAGCGGGGAGACGGUGGCAUCUACAUAGGCUCCAUCAUGAAGGGUGGGGCUGUGGCGGCCGAUGGUCGCAUCGAGCCGGGGGACAUGCUUCUGCAGGUGAACGACAUGAACUUUGAGAACAUGAGCAACGACGACGCGGUGCGGGUGCUGAGGGACAUCGUGCACAAGCCGGGCCCCAUCGUGCUGACUGUGGCCAAGUGCUGGGAUCCCUCUCCGCAGGCCUAUUUCACUCUCCCGCGAAAUGAACCCAUCCAGCCAAUUGACCCUGCUGCCUGGGUCUCACACUCUGCUGCACUGACCGGCACCUUCCCCGCCUAUCCAGGCUCCUCGUCCAUGAGCACCAUUACAUCUGGGUCCUCUUUGCCUGAUGGCUGUGAGGGCCGGGGUCUCUCCAUCCAUACAGACAUGGCAUCUGUGACCAAGGCCAUGGCAGCCCCAGAGUCUGGACUGGAAGUUCGAGACCGCAUGUGGCUCAAGAUCACCAUCCCUAAUGCAUUUCUGGGCUCAGACGUGGUCGACUGGCUCUACCAUCACGUGGAGGGCUUUCCUGAGCGGCGGGAGGCCCGCAAGUAUGCCAGUGGGCUGCUCAAGGCAGGGCUCAUCCGGCACACGGUGAACAAGAUCACCUUCUCUGAGCAGUGCUAUUAUGUCUUCGGAGACCUCAGUGGCGGCUGUGAGAGUUAUCUAGUCAACCUGUCUCUGAAUGACAAUGAUGGCUCUAGUGGUGCUUCAGACCAGGACACCUUGGCUCCUCUGCCUGGGGCGACCCCCUGGCCCCUGCUGCCCACCUUCUCCUACCAGUACCCAGCUCCUCACCCAUACAGUCCUCAGCCCCCGCCGUACCACGAGCUCUCGUCCUACACCUACGGAGGAGGCAGUGCCAGCAGCCAGCACAGUGAGGGGAGCCGGAGCAGUGGGUCGACACGAAGCGAUGGGGGGGCAGGGCGCACAGGGAGGCCCGAGGAGCGGGCCUCUGAGUCCAAGUCUGGCAGCGGCAGUGAGUCGGAGCCCUCCAGCCGGGGAGGCAGCCUUCGGCGGGGUGGGGAACCUGGUGGGACUGGUGAUGGGGGUCCUCCCCCAUCCAGAGGCUCAUCAGGAGGUGCUCCCAAUCUCCGAGCCCACCCAGGGCUCCAUCCUUAUGGACCCCCUCCUGGUAUGGCCCUCCCCUAUAACCCCAUGAUGGUGGUCAUGAUGCCCCCACCCCCACCCCCUAUUCCGCCAGCAGUGCAGCCUCCAGGGGCCCCUCCAGUUAGGGACCUGGGCUCUGUGCCCCCAGAGUUGACAGCCAGCCGCCAAAGCUUCCACAUGGCCAUGGGCAACCCUAGUGAGUUCUUCGUGGAUGUUAUGUAGAGCCUGUGGUGGGGCCAUGUUGGAUCUCCACCCUUGGCCUGUCCAGCCAGUACUUGGUGCUCCUGUCCUGUGACUGGGUGUCUUGCCAGUCACAUGCUCCUUACUCCCCUGGUGCCUGGACUCGGCCUGUCCUGCGGGCUGCGGCCUGCUGUGAGGUUGUUGCCACUGUGACUCUUACCAGCAGUGCCUGGUUCCUCCCCCUUCCUUCGGGGGGUGUGCAAAGGACCUUUGGUUAUUUUUAGCCUUAUUGUUUUUUGUAAGCCUUUUGGGGGGUUAAAAUAGACUUUCUUACAUUUUUUGGACUAUUUUUUUUAGCAAACAUUUUCUCUUUUAUAUGAAGAAUCCCUGUCUCCUGGGCUCCUUCUGACCCCCAAAUGUGACCCCCUACUCCAUUUGCCCAGUCCACCAUGUCCUGCGCAGGGUGGGGGGGUCAGCGGUACCCUGGGAAGUGGGAGGGUGCUGCUUACCCUAGACAGCAGUCAAAGGAAGCUGGGGUAUUCGGGGGCCGUGUAGCUGCUUUUGUUACUCUAUUUAUUUUAGUCACAUGUAUAAAGCACCAAAUAAAGCAAUAGGGGUAAAUUC